CGUCAUCACUUAAGAUGGCGGUCAUGCGGAAGACAGGAGGAAAGUUCUCGUCUGUGGGAAUAUUUGCAGUGGUAUUAUACUUGCAAAUCUUUUCAGUGAGAUGUUAUCCUCUAUCAGAAACAGCUGACAAGGUGCAGGUGAGCAUUGAAACUAAAACUGGUAACAUUAACAAGAACGUUUCAACCUCUCUGAUUGACAGUCAUUUGAAUGAAAAGGCUGAAGUGUCGACUACAUCAACAGCUCCUGCUACUGGCAACACCACCACCUCCAACCCCACCACCAAACCAUCAGCUGCUCCGACCUCUCCUCCUGUGACUACUGCUGCCCCAGUGAAAAUUGUGACCCUUCCAGAGCACGCCCAACCUACCAAAUACAAUUCACAAGAGAUCACCAGUACAACUGCAAACAAGCAACCCACCACCUCCACCCCUGCUGGAGAGACAACAGAGACAACCUUUGAUUACAGGGGCAGCAUCCUUGCCCUUGGACCAAAUGGGCCACUUCAAGAUUACACAAAUGGCAAAGAUGAUGCUGAUGAUGGUGAUAGUGAUGAUAAUUAUGAGAGUGUGCAUGACAGUCAGGGAACUCGAGACAACCAAGGCAUUGGGAAAGACCUGAUUCCUGGUAAUAAUAACCCUCCCUUCAAAAGCUCUGAGGAAAUUGAUGUAAACAUCAAGGACACAACAAUCUAUGCAACUCGCAAUGAAGACUCACACUUCUUUUUUCACCUCGUCGUCAUAGCCUUUUUAGUGGCCAUCAUCUACAUCACCUACCACAACAAGAGAAAGCUCAUGUUACUGGCUCAAAGUCGCCACUGGAGGGACGGCUUCUGCUCACGUGGUGUUGAGUAUCACAGACUCGACCAGAACGUCAACGAGGCCAUGCCUUCACUCAAGAUGACCAAUGACUACAUCUUCUGACCAACUGCUUGAAUUUACUGAAGAACAACACAUGCAAACAGUUGAUUUCAUCUGCACAUGUGUCUUAUUUAAUCAGGGGAGGAGUGGUUGUGCUAUGAUAAUUGUUUAUUUUAUGUACGCUUGCUAAAGAAUGGUCAUUCCUUUUGGGAAUGUGUUUGGUUGUAUUUUGUGUUUUACUUUCUGCUUUCUUUGGUGUCUAUGAAUGCAGAUGUUUUAGAAUGAUUAAUGUAAUUGAUGCUUUUCAAGUUUUCUGACAUUUUUGCACUUAAUUUUGUAGACUUGAUCUCUGUGGAUUGAAUGAAUAUAAUAGAAAAGCAAAUGAAGAUUAGAAUACUUCACAUUAAACCUAGAAUGAACAAACAAGUAAUUACGAAAAAUGUGGGACAUCAAUGUUGAAAUCUGCUCUGAAACACAAAUUGUACAUUUUGUUUUAACUCCAUCACAACAUUUGUCUUCUGUUUGCUAUGAUGAUAUAUAUAGUCCAGAAGCAACUCAGACCUACCAACAGACAUUGUGAGUAAUACUGCCAUCCAAAGGCAAAAUGCUGUAACUACACAUUUUGUCAAAAGUGAGUUAUGACUGAAAUCGGGACUCUUGGAUCUGACGUGGGACAGACGGGUUUGGCUGAACAGUGCUCGGUUUCAGAGAAAAUGGAAUUUGAAAAUUGCAGUAACUUUAAAAUCCACACACAUCCACAAAAAUCUGUUUCAGAAUUGUGUAGUUACUGCGUUUUGCCUUUGAAAGAGACUAGUUUCAUGUGCAUAUCUAGUAAUCCAUACAAACUUUAGUACUGCAAAAACGUAAAGUUAAAGCUAAAUUUGAACUGCUGUGUGCUUUGUAGCUGUUUCUGAGCUGGUCCCUCGUUUGUUUGUGUUAUGACUUCAGUGAAGUUAUUUUUUCAUUGCACAUGCUGACCUGGGUCUGUCAUUGACAAAGGUCUGGAGAUAAAUAUAGAAAAUUAGCCUGUAACUGUUUUGUUUCCUUGUUUUACUCUGAAAUCACUUCAUAUGAGUGUUGCCCAUAUGACAAUACCAAGAUCAAUGUGCAUCUAGAGCUGGAUUGCUGCAGUUUAAACUCUUAAGUCUUCCUUUGGUAAUUUAUUUAAUAAUUGGAGCAGUUAUUAACUGAAUCAUGUCACUGUUUUAAAUGAAAGCACAUGAAGGUUGUGUAGGUGCAUGCAAGCUAUCGGGUUCCUUCAGUCAGUAGAAAUCAUGUUUCUUCAAUAAAGCACCCACUGUAAAUGGA